AUGACUGCCAAAGAUCAUCCAUCAUUGUGGGGCUUUGGAACAACAAAAACAUUUAAAAUUCCCAUUGAACAUUUGGAUUUUAAGUAUAUCGAAAAAUGUUCAGACGUUAAACACCUGGAAAAAAUUCUUUGUGUGCUCAGAUCUGGUGAAGAAGGAUUUUAUCCAGAACUUACAGAAUUUUGUGAAAAGCGCCUUCAAGGCUUGGCUCCUACAAGCCGAGCUUUGAGGAAAGAUAAACCAGCAGCUACGGCCUCCAGUUUUACAGCAGAAGAAUGGGAAAAAAUUGAUGGUGACAUAAAGAGUUGGGUAUCAGAAAUUAAAAAAGAAGAAAAUAAAAUGCACUUCUAUGAAACUGAAACAUUUCCAGCAAUGGAAGGUAAUUUGCCUCCAGUCCGUGGUUCAAAUGGCUGUCUUCAUGUUGGCAAGGAAAAAUAUUCUAAAAGUAGACCAGCUAAAAAGAAAAUUCCAAGGGAUUAUGCAGAAUGGGAUAAAUUUGAUGUGGAAAAGGAAUGUUUAAAAAUUGAUGACGAUUACAAAGACAAGACUGUAAUAGACAACAAGUCACAUUUGUCUAAAAUUGAGCUAAGAAUAGACACAUCAGGUCUAACUGAGAAGGAAAAGGAUUUUCUUGCUGCUCGUGAAAAAGAAAAAGGAAAUGAAGCUUUCAAUUCAGGAGAUUAUGAAGAGGCAGUAAUGUAUUAUACCAGGAGCAUAUCAGCGUUUCCUACUGUAGCUGCCUAUAACAAUCGAGCUCAAGCAGAAAUCAAAUUACAGAACUGGAAUAGUGCUUUUCAAGACUGUGAAAAGGUCUUGGAGUUAGAACCUGGAAACGUAAAGGCUCUUCUGCGCCGAGCCACCACAUAUAAACAUCAAAACAAGCUUCAGGAAGCCAUAGAAGAUUUGAGUAAAGUGCUGGACGCUGAGCCUGAUAAUGAUUUGGCUAAGAAAAUCUUAUCAGAGGUUGAGAGAGAUCUGAAAAAUUCUGAACCUGCAUCCAAGACUCAAACCAAAGGGAAAAGGAUGGUUAUUCAGGAAGUAGAAAACUCUGAAGAUGAAGAUACAAAGGACGGUGGGGGACAACAUGAAGACGGCAGCGGAGAUAAGAGUAAAAUGCUUUUUCUAUUUUGGUUAUAUGAAAAACUGCUUUUUUAUGUGAUGAACUGUCCUUUGGGCGCCGUCAGGGUAUUCACCGAGCUUCCGUAUCUCCGCUCCUGCAUUCAUUCAUUCCCAAGCCGUAAGCGGCGAGGGCAGCCGGCCUUCUGUCGGGCCACGCGGCAGAGCCAGGGCAACGAGCUGUUCAAAAGCGGGCAGUUCGCCGAGGCGGCCGGCAAGUACUCGGCGGCCAUCGCGCAGCUGGAGCCCGCAGGAAGUGAAAGUGCUGAUGAUCUAAGUAUCUUAUAUUCAAAUAGAGCAGCAUGUUACCUAAAAGAAGGAAACUGCAGUGGCUGCAUUCAAGAUUGUAACAGGGCUCUGGAACUUCAUCCAUUCUCAAUGAAACCUCUUUUGCGACGAGCAAUGGCCUAUGAGACUUUGGAGCAGUAUGGGAAAGCUUACGUGGAUUAUAAAACAGUGUUGCUGAUAGACUGUGGAGUCCAGCUAGCAAAUGACAGUAUUAACAGAAUAACAAGAAUUUUAAUGGAGCUGGAUGGACCAAACUGGCGGGAGAAGCUGUCACCCAUUCCUGCUGUGCCCACUUCUGCGCCACUGGGAGCUUGGUGUCCUGCAGCAGAGACAGCCUCAAACCAAGAAAGAGAUUCCAGCAGCCAUCACCAGCUGGGCCUCACAGAUGAAAACAUGUUUAAAAUCCUUAAAGAAGAAGGAAAUCAAUGUGUAAAGAACACAAAUUAUGAAGGUGCCAUUAGUAAAUACAGUGAAUGCUUGAAGAUUAACAACAAGGAAUGUGCUAUAUAUACUAAUAGAGCUCUCUGUUACUUGAAGCUGUGCCAGUUUGAGGAGGCAAAGCAAGACUGUGACCAGGCACUGCGGAUAGAUGAUGGGAAUAUGAAGGCACUCUAUCGACGGGCCCUGGCUUACAAAGGACUCAAGAAUUAUCAGAAAAGCUUAACUGAUCUCAAAAAAGUUCUCCUACUAGACCCAAGUAUUGCUGAAGCAAAGAUGGAACUGGAAGAGAUAACCAGAUUCCUUAAUAAUAAGGAUGAUACCUCAUCAUUCAACAAAGAAAAGGAGAGAAGGAAAAUUGAGAUUCAAGAGGUGAAGGAAAGCAAUGAAGAGGGGCCUGAAAGAUCUUCAGAGGCGGUCUCCGCUGCCUGCCUUGCUUCUGAGAAGCAAGACAAAAGCAACUGGCCACUAGAAUGCCUUGAAAAGCUUCAGAUCUCCAAGCCUAAUAAUGCCUACGAAUUUGGUCAGGUUAUAAAUGCUAUCAGUACUAAGAAAGAUGAAGAAGCCUGUGCACAUCUUUUAGCCAUCACCGCACCAGAAGAUUUGCCAGUGUUGUUGAGUAACAAACUUGAAGGGGAUACAUUCCUCCUCCUCAUUCAGACUCUGAGAAAUAAUCUUACUACUAAAGAUCCUUCAUUGGUAUAUCAGCAUCUUUUAUAUCUGAGUAAAGCAGAAAGGUUUAAGAUGAUGCUGACGCUAAUAAGCAAGGACCAAAAGAAGCAAAUUGAACAGCUAUUUGAUGACCUUUCAGAAACACCAAACAACCAUUUUACUUUAGAAGAUGUACAGGCCCUAAAAAGGCAGUACGAGCUUUAA